AUGACUUCUUCACCAUCUCUCGAACCAACAUCUCCAAGCUCCCCUUCACAGACCCCAAAAAAAUCAUCUAAGCCUUCCAGACGCAAACAGGCCGAGAACUGGGAUGACGAUUUCGAAUUCGCUUUACCCUCCCGGACGAGCAAACCUCGAGAAGCUCCUCCACGACCGGAAAAACUGGUAGAAAAAGAUGAGAACACUUCAGCAACUCUCGGUAGCUUCGCCAGUGGGUCAAGUAACAGUUCAGAACUACCAUGGGACGAGUCUCCACCUCCACCUGUCUCAACCAACAAGGGCACGGUCAGGGCUAUAAAAGUCCCUGCACCUCUCAAGAUUCCUCCUUCCCACUCUCACUCUUACUCGCACUCUCCCCCUCGUAUGUCUCCCUCAUUUUCCAUCGGACUAACUUCUUCUAACCCACGCUCUAUCCCCCCAACUCCGCUCUCUUCCUCUUCUCACCCCCAUCAACCUCUGUUAUCUCAGCAGUCUUAUCCUCAACUCGCCCACAUAGGUCAUGCCCCAAGACAAAGAUCGGGAUCUCAGUCGGCUGCAAUCAAGAACAAAUUAGUCAAGCGUCACCCGUCAACCUCCUUCGUCCCCAUGACCAACUCUGGUCACGGAGACUGGUCCCGGGACGUGAAAGGCGCUCCUGCCAUGCCAAUCCUCAAUAGGAGUUCACCUAAUCUGGCCAGCCCAAUGCAAGUCGAGUCGUAUCAAUUGCCAUUACCUCCAAUACCUCGUCAACCUUCACGUGAACUGAUGCCCCCGCCACCUCCACCAGGUAAGACACGUAGUAGGUCCAGGUCGAAAUCAAAGCCGGCCUUGAGGGACGAAGCCAGACCUGCCCAGAUACAAACCAGUCUCCGGUCCCCUGUUUCUGAACAGACGAAGCGUGAUGAGCUGCCACUACCGACAGAGCCGAAGAGAAAGAAUUUCUGGAAGAGAUUAUCAGGAUCCCGAGAUGCGAUGCCCACUCUGGGGAGUUUAGGAGGGUCUCCAAUUCACCGGCGGAGACGCAGUUCGUCUGUUGGAGAUUCUGUCCCUCCUCUCCCAUCCCCAAGACCCCCUGUGCCCCCGUUGCCGGCCAACAUACGAUCUCCUAGCAACACUUCGACUGCAUCCACAACGUCCGCCUCCUCGUCUAAUCGCUCAGGCCCUUCUGGAUUAUCGUCCAUUCUUCGUAGAUCAGCUAGCAAUUUAUCUCGCAAGUCUACUAGAUCUAGUGACGCGCCACCGACAUCGUAUCCUUUCUCGAACACACGCCCAGAUCGGAGCUCCUCUGAUAGUGAUACCGAGACUGAGCAGGACGGGAAAACGCCCAGGAGAAGACAGAAGAUACGUCCCGUUUCCGCUCUUCCAGCACCUCGUAUGUUGGCUGGACGAGAGCCAUGGAAUGGUGAGGAUUGGCAAGGAUUUGCUGGUGGUCCUAGCGUCACCAAUAGUUCCCCAUUGCCCCCGAUCUCAUCUCAUCACGAGCCCUCUCCCAGUUUAUCAGGGUUGCCCCAGUCGUCAGGUCUCGCCUCUUCUGCUGCCAACACGAUGAAAAGACUGAGUUCGAUGUCGAAGAAGCAUGCUCGUCGCUUAUCUAGCGGACUCAAUUUUGGCACUGCGUCAUCUUCAUCGUCGACUGAGUCUAAACGGGUGUCAACAAAGCUGGAGCCUGUCUUGGGCUCCCCUUCCAAGCCUACUCGAUCAGCAACGACUUCGACAGCUCCUAAUUUGGGUAUCAAGUCAAACAUAUCCAAUGGAUCUAUCUCUGCUCCCAGCUCUUCAUUCAAGCAGUCAGAGAUGCCCACAUCUAUCUCAGAUGAGAUCAUUCGUCAAAAAGCGGAAAAACAAAAGAGACGACAAAGCUGGAAUGACUUUAUUAUCCCAAAGACGGUUUUGGAGAAGCAAAAGGGAUUGAAACGGGAUAUCGGAGCUGUCAAGUAUUUCGCUCAAGGAUUGGAAACUCUGAAGACCUAUCUCGAGACUCAUGCGGCUUUACGUGACAAAGUGGCUAUCUCAGGAGCUCCCGACGAACUGGCUCUAUUCCGUUCUCUGGAGUCGGAGUUCAAUCAAUGGUGGGAAAUGGCCGUCGUGCUGAUCGAAGUCGGAUCUACGGGACGUGACAAUCAAACAUCUUCUCCUCGUUCGCGACGUAUCACCAUGAGUGCGGAUGAGGCUCAUUCGGCAUCUGCAAUGCUUCAUCGACUUCCUUCCACUUCGACUUUUACAACCACACCUCGGAAACCUAAUUUUAAAGAUUCUUCCGAGUCUAAUCAUAUUUUAGGUCCUCCACAAGCGAGUCCAGAUAAUUGGCGAGCAAGUACGGGCAGACAAGAUCUUACUAAAAGGCAAUUAGAAGUUUUAAGAACUAUGUUGGGUACACCUGUGACACGUUCACCGAAUCCAAAUUCCAACCCUAUAACAUCCAGACAAGCCAGUACUGUCUCUGCUUCUUCUGUAGUAUCAAACUUACCUCCACCUCCUUUACCUCUUCCCCCAUUGCCUGUGAUUCAUUCGAAACCUUCCAAUCGGUCAUCAGAAGUGAGAUUUCAUCAUGACCGUACGGAGCUUUCACGAUUCCCCUUGCCAUCACCAGACGAAAGCAGUUACGCUCAAUCAUUUUCUUCAUUUCCUUCUCCCGAUACUGCUUCUUCUAUGGUUAAUCCUAAAACUCGAGCCUCCAAAUCGGGUUUGGCGGGUUUAAGAGAUUUCCUCAAAUCUUUAAAACAUCAACGUCCAAAAGCUCCAGUUCAACCUUCUAUAAAUCCAAAUUCGAACCCUAUUCCGACGUCUCCAACUUCACCGAUCUCUCCGGCACUUCCUUCAGCAAGUACCCAUGAUACCUUCUCACCAUUACCUCCUUCCACCCGAUCAAGUUUUUCCGUCCUUGGUAUGGCCCCAGUCCCUCAAAGAGGAGGAAGAAGACCUAACAUUCGUAAUAUUUUCCGUACCUCUUCAGGUAAUUGGUCCGAUUUAGUCAGAGAACGAGUUUCUGGAGAAUCACGUAGAUCAAAAGAAGAAGAUCGAACUUCACUUCCUUUCUCUUCUCCUUCUAUACAAGAAGAUUCCAGUCAAAUGGAAGUUGGGUCUAAACCAGUAUUAGGAAGAAGACAUUCAAGUAGAUCUGAUAAAAGUGAAGGAAGUGGUGGUGGUUGGGGAAGAGGUUCAACUUCACCUACUGCAGCAGUGUUCGGUUUUUUGAAACAUGGUAAAGAAAGGGAAAUGAGAUGGACUAGUAAUUCCACUUUUGGAUUUUCAGGACAAUCUAAAAGAUCUUCUACUCCCGCUCCGGAAGAAAUACCACCGGAUCAAAUGAUACAUUCCGAUAUUCAUUCUUCACAUCAUACUACUGAAGGUGAUGUAAGAUCUGAUACGAUACAAGAAAAAAAGGUGACAUUGGAAAAAGUAUCACAAGAUGACGUGAUGGGAGGUGAAACUGUAAGACCGAGAAGGAGGGAUAUAGGAUUAGGAUUUCCUAGUUCACCUGAUAAAUCUUGGAAGAAAUUUGAGAUUGCUGGACAACAAGUUUCUUCUUCUUCAAAUACGACAAACCGAUCAGACCCUCAAGCAUUCAACGUGAACAAGUCGGAUCAAUCUGGGACAGUCAAUCACGAUAAUGGUGGAUUAGAAAAGGGGAAAACAAAGUUAAUAGAUACAGAUGGAGCAAGGAUAGAUAAGCAAAGUGAUGCAGAAGGGAAAAUGUGGGAAAAGGAAAACAAGGGUAAAUCAGGGUGA